AUGAUAGAUGUGUCUCCUUUCUCUUCGUUGGAGGACGCAACCACAUUUACAAGACAGUCGUGGUUUAAAGAGUCCCAUAUACAAUCAUGGUUGGAUGCCUUCUCUGGACCCAGUCACCUCUAUCGAGCCAUUCGUCAUGCCCCGGCUUCAAUGACGAGGGAAUUGCUUCAUUGGGACCGAAAGUACCGGGCUAAAUUUGGGUUUGAGUUUAUAACAAAUACGAAAACGUGGUGCUCACAGGAAAUACUUGACGAGGUGAAGGUACACUAUGAAAAUACUCUUGUUGUUGAACUGGAUAUUGCAGCACGAGAGGAAUUCAAACUCAUAGAACAUGGACUUGAACGACUAUGGGAACCUAUGAUGUACCUCUCAGGGUUAUCUCGAUACCAGAUUCAUGAGGCAUCCGUAGAAACGGGGGAGGUGGUUUUGGAUUCAGUGGAGAAAGAGGCCGUUGUCUCCUCCGAUAGCUCUGAAGAGGCUGAUUCUACUGGACAAAAGGCCUCGAUGCUAUCAUAUGACCUCAAUAAAAUGCCGGACAAGAAUGAAUAUCCAUAUAGUGGAAUGUCUCCUGAUAAGAAGAAUGCCUGGCACCUAGCUAUGUGGGCGACACGAUACCUGAACCCUUGA